GGGGGGUUGUCAAUCAUCGGAAUGGGCGCAAAACAAGGCAAGGUGGCACGGGGAGACAUCUCGGAAGACAAAUUCCCCACCAAAGAAUUUCUCAAGCAUGGUCUGGCCUCGUCGGACCACGUGCACCACUACCUGCCCGCCAACCUCCCACUGUUCCCCACCCUCAACCCCACGUAUGCCCAAGAGUGCACCAAGACGUGGCGGGACAUUUGCAAAGCAACCCCGGACAAGAUGAAGGGGUACGACAAAGCAGGAAUUGUGUUGUUCCAGGACGAGUUCUUCCACCGCCUCUUUCAGCGCGACACGAGCAUGGAAGCCGUGUUUCCGUCGCCGAAGAAGCGAGCGGAAGUCCUCGUGCUCGCCAUGACGUUCGUGUUGAAAACGGCGGUUGAAGACCACGAACUUGUGAAGAAUCGGUGUCGUCAUCUUGGCCACAUGCACAGAUCGAUCCCGCUCAUGAGGCCGCACCACUUUGCCGUGUAUGUGGGAACGUGCAUCGAAGUGAUCAUGCACUGGCUUGGCAAGGAAGGCACGCCAAAUGUCGGCGAAGCGUGGAGCAACGUGAUGGGAUUCUACCUGAAAUACAUCCUGCAAGCGUUCUUGUUUCAGACAGUCGACGAGGCCGAAUUUGCGCAAAACACCAACGCCAAUGUUGGCCCGACGACGGCGACCACCGCCUCGAAAUCCGCAUGAACCAACACGCUGUCUGGAUCGUCGUGUCGUGUGAGGGAGUUGUAAAUGUUUGAACACAAGAAGUUUGGCUGGCCUUUCUAGUGUGG